GUCUCGAGAGCAUCUCACAUCUCAUCUCAUCGACUCGUCACUGUAACUAAAUAAGAAAGCUGUUGCAAGACGCUGGUGGUUGAUACCGUCUUCAAUAUCGCAUCGGCAUUCAGCGCAGUGAAAACUCGUGUUUGGUGUCUUUUCAUUCAUUCAUCAAACAGAGCACCCCAGGAAUCAAUAUAGUUACACGAUGGAUUGCCACCAAAUCUCUUGAGACCUCUUGAGACGGGAUCUAGCCACCAACGCUGUCGCGCAUGAGUAUGAGUUGUCAAGAAGUCCCGGGUUACCUGCGUUUUGACGACUCAUUGCUCAUCGCAACAAAACUACAGAUGACUGUCUCAAUUAAUAUAGUGUGAGAUAACACAGCAUUGGCCGAACAGCCACAUCAGCCGCUGGUAUGGCCCAAUAUUCCAACUCCAAGCUCCUUGACCGGCCCGAACCUGGCCUCAUCAAGUGGUCCCCGAACCCGGCUGAUGACAGCUUCCUGCAUGUCAACCUGCAACACCGCGUCGUUCAGCUGUAUAAGCCUACCGGUCAUGCUCGUCGUGGCAAGUUCGACUAUGAAAGGAUUGCCAAACUUGAUGAUAUUCCUCCUCUGAGCACCUAUGACUGGUCGCCCCGCUACCCCGGCCUGGUCGCCAUUGGAACUGCCUCGGGUACAAUCAACAUCCUCAAUCUCAAUGACACGACCAACCACUACCUAGAGCAGAGGUUGAAGUUCACUCGCUUUUGUCAGGCCAUCGCCUUCAACACGGGGACUCUACUAGCCGUUGGUCUGGAGCGCGUGCGAAAUGACCAGUGCCUCCAGAUCUGGGAUGUUAACCGUCUCGCUGAUAUCAAGCCAAAUACGUCAUGGCCGUCGUUGGAUGGGUCAAUUCUAGGUGACGCGGUACAUCGCUUCGAGCCUGCCACUACCGUGUCUAGCACCAAGUUCUUUGAGGAUAGCCCACAGACACUGGUUGUUGGAAUCAAGAACCAGGGUAUACGGAUCUACGAUCUCAGAGACCCAAAUGGUGCUGUUGUCAACUACCAGACCAAGUGUAACAAUAAUAUAGCCAUCGACUAUGUGGAUUGCAACUACUUUGCUUCUUCGUCGUUAGACCGCCCCGGUAUCGUUAUAUGGGACCGUCGGGCGACCUCUUCGAGACAUACAUCUUCACCCUCCUAUCUCGAUGCCGUAGAUACAAGUGGUUUGCCUUGGGGUGCCGCGCUCAGCUUGGAUAGGGCAAUCGACAUAAAUCCGGGUAAUGCUCCUGACAGGGGCUCUCUCAUUCGUUCGAUCCGUUUCUGCCGAGACCGUCGUGGCUUGUUAGCUGUACUCUCUCGAACAGGGCAACUACGUGUUCUUGAAACUACAAAGGAGUUCGUGUCUAUGGACCAUCAAUACGAGAAAAGUCCAGAGCUUCUAGAGGCAAGAAGUUCAUAUGAGCUGGAUAUGAGUUUUACCAAAGGAAAUCGAAAACAGGAUCACAUCGUAUCCUUUGAUUGGGUCACGCUCAACUCAUCUACGUUGACGCCUCGAGCACUGGUCUUACGUGCUAGCGGGGCCUACGAGAUCUUGGAGAAGCCAUCUCAUACUUCAGAUCACAUAUAUAAAAUGGUGCCAUGGCAAGCGCCAUACCGUGGACUUCAAGAGGGUACUAGUUACCAUAGUCUGAUGCAAUUCGAUAAAACCCAGUAUUCAGAGGUGAUGGGAUCGCUCCUUAUUGAUGAUGCAGUGAAAUAUGCCCCGCUUUUCGGCAGUGAAAAGGAGGCAAUUGCAACAAUUGUUUCACAGGUCUUAGAGUCACACCCUCCCGACAUAGAUACUGUCGUGGAUUUUGAAGCGAACGACGGUCUACCAGAAUCAUACCAUGACGCAACCACAACAGCGGCGAAGAUUCUCGCCUUAAGGAAAUAUGCGCAAAAGGCUUACCCAUCUCAGGAAUCGUCAAAUAAUAAUAGGUAUUCGGCGACGACGGGGGAGGUCCAAGAUAAAACGCCAUCGGAUACUACAGGGGGUGGACCUGGGCUAGUAUCGAACCGACAGGCACAUGAAAAUCUUUUAACAACGACACUUAAUACAAAGGGAUUUUCGAAAACGGCACAGGUUGUUCUUGAUCAUAUCAUGCUGCUUCGCUCUCAAGAAAAGUACUUAUUUGAUUACCAAGCUAAUAUUAAUAUCACUGCUGAUGACCCAUGGUUAAAGGACUUGUGGCUUUGGGUAGCCAGGGCCUCAAAUGCAGCUUACGAUGAUGCCAUGGUAUCUCAAGGGGUCGAUUACAGCUUUCUAGGUGUUAUACCAAUAUGGACUAAAGAUCUGGGUCGUCAAGGAACGUUUCGCCUAGCUCACGGAUCGGCACUUCCGGAUGAUGCGGCGUGGGACCGUGGUCUACAAAGAUUAUCAAACACUAAGACUGGAGAUUUAAGUUUUGACAAGCUCGAGACGAAGAAACCGGGCCGUAGGGAAGCGGCAAUGCGUGUUUGUGAGUGGGGAAAGGCAUCUAUAGAUUCGGAGUGGAGUGACUACAUGAGGAUUCCUGCAUCCGAAAAGACAUCCUCGUCAUUCACAAAAGGAGCCGCCCGCGCACUUUUUGAAGGUGACAUCACAGAAGCGGUCAAAAUUCUCAAGGCAGCCAGUUCGGAGUACCCGGAACUCCUAUUUGUCUCUCUCGCCCUCCAGCUAAUGAAAAGGGGAGACAACAGUAUGGCCAAGGAGCAGCUAGACUUCGAUGAUGCCGUCGCCUCGAAGACAGAUCCAUAUCUCCGGGCCAUUUCAUCACUGAUCGCAACUAACAAUUGGGAAACCAUCGCAAACCAGGAGUCGCUACCGUUGCGUGAACGUACUUACAUAGCGCUCCGCAAUUUCGACGAUGACAAGCUAACAGAGUGGCUCGACAACGAGCUCAAGAAAGCCAUCGAAACAGGCGACAUCGAAGGGAUAGUGCUAACCGGGAUAACGGACAAUCUAGUCGACAUCUUCGCCAAAUACAUCGAGAAAUUCAACGACAUCCAAACCGCCACGCUAGUCCUAUCCAUCUGCUCCCCGCGAUACAUCAACGACUACCGCUGCACAGUCUGGCGCAACGCCUACAGGGCGUAUCUCCAGCGUCACAAAGCAUUCCUCCAGCGCACGAAGUUCGAAGUCGAAAGCACCAAGAAGAGCAAGCGCGGCGGCGUCCCCACCAUCACACCCCCAUCCCGCCAGAUCGCGCUGCGCUGCGUCUACUGCGACGCCGAGUACGAACUCACCUCCAAAGCCGGCGGCCCCUCUUCUCACAACACCGCCCCGUCGACGCCGGCGCAACCCCAGACGCAUAACAUCAACCCCCUGAUGGCCACGAGCAUCAACGCGGGCGUCAGCUGUCCGAACUGCGGCCGCCAUCUCCCGCGGUGCGUCGUGUGUCUCGAGACCGUCGGCAUCCCGCGCUCGGACCGCCCCGAGCUCUCGGCGGACCCGCAGGUCCGGCUCGCGGCCAAGUUCCCGACCUUCUGCCUCAAGUGCGACCACGUUCUGCAUCUGGACCACGCGCGGCAGUGGUUCGCGAGACACGCCGAGUGUCCUGUCCCCGAGUGUCGGUGUCGGUGUAAUUUCAGGGCGAAUCCAGAAUUGAGUUAUCGAUAGAUACCUAGAUGAGGGAUUUAGUCCACGGGGGUUUAUGUUAUCUUAUGUUCAUCACGAAAGAGGAAGUUGAUAGCGAAAUGCGACUCCGUAUCUCGUUGUGAGACAGAUAUUUCCAAAUUAGAUGUAUCCGUUCCCAUCGCCCUUGGCAAUAUUACUAGCUUUCGUAAACAACAUUAUCUACUUAAGAAGUAUGAUUCGCGCGCG